AUGGAAAACACAGUUGGCAAUACCAACACUGACGUAGUUAAACAAGAGGAGAGCAUUGGCAACAUCCCUAGCCCACUGUUCUCUGGCACAAAGCCGAAGAAAAGGCUCAUUUCCAAGGUUUGGGAUGACUUCAUACCCACCUUCAUCAACGGGAAGGUUGCAAGAGCUACAUGCAUGCACUGCCACCAUGUCUUCAACUGCAACGCCACCACUGCCACUAUUGGCCUUCGGAAUCAUCAGGUCAAGUGCAGCCCUGGGACUCAUAAGAGAUUGAAGCUACAAGAGCCAACAUUCUUACCAUAUACACAACAGAACAUGGCAGUUGCCAAUUCAGAUCCAAACCAGAAGAAGCUUCCAUUCCUGCUAUCCAGCCACAAGAAAGGUUCGGGCACAGCAGAUGCAAUGCCUGAGCAGGAUCUUGCCUUGCCAUACACACACAUAAACAUAGAUAGGCAGAACAAGGAGGUUGAUCAGAAUGGACUUCAUGAUGAACUUGCAAUAUGCGAGCAGAAUAAUCUAGCUUUGUCAGUUAUAUGCACUGAUAAGAAUAAGAAGAAUCAAGGAGUUGAUCAGAUAUCUCAUGAAGAACUCAUAAGGAUAUUAGCCAUGCAUGGGCAUGCAACAAGGAUGGUGGAACAAGACGACUUCAGGAAGCUUGUUGCUCACUUGAAUCCUGUGGUCAAGGUCCCAUCACACUAUGACCUGAUGUGGAAGACUUUUGACUUGUUUGACCAAGAAAAGUCCAAGCUGAAGGAGAAUGCUGAAAAACUGAGCUUUAUAAUAUUGCGAGCUAUUGGAGAAUGGGGUCUUGAUGACAAGGUUUUCAGCAUUACACUGGAUGAUGCAUUUGUUGAUGAUUCAGUGGCUUCUAAAAUCAAAACUGUUACCGUGUAUGAAGAUAGCAAUCCAAUGUGA